UAGAGGAGGCGUGUCACCGGUGCAGCCACGGAAGCCGGGAGGAAAACACAGAAGACCGCGGACGGAGGGCGGGAGUGGCGCCAUGGUCUACAUCUCGAAUGGACAAGUUUUGGAUAGCCGGAAUCGGUCACUAUGGAGUUUAUCAUUUAUAACAGAUCUCUUUUGGGGAAUCGCCGACUUUGUGAUCAUGUUUUUCAAAAGUCUGCUUCAACAAGAUGUGAAAAGAAGAGGCUGCGUCAGCUCAUCUGAUUCCCGUUAUGAUGAUGGAAGAGGGCCUCCAGGAAAUCCUCGCCGCAGAAUGGGCCGGAUAAAUCACAUGAAGGGCCCCAGCCCUCCUCCAAUGGCUGGUGGAUGAGGAAGGUAA